AUGCAAUCUGAAUGGCAUAGAGAUUCGGUUUCUCAAUCAACAGAUUUUUUAAAAAUUAUGUCUAACAAAGAAAAAAGUAUUAUAGAUCAACUAAAUACUGCUCAGCAAUCAAAAAUAGAACAAAAUAGAAAAAGGCUAGUUCCAAUUUUAUCUUCAAUAGUAUUUUGUGCGACACAUGAUCUAGCAAUUAGAGGCAAAUUAAGCUGUAGUGGAAAUUUUCAUGAUCUUUUAAAAUUUUGUGUUGAAUCUGGAGACAGUGUUCUGUCCGAGCAUUUAUCAACAUGUCAUAGUAAAGCUAAAUAUACCUCACAUUGCAUUCAAAAUGAAUUUAUUUUAUUAUGUGGAAAUGUAUUAUGUGACCAAAUUAUUCGAGAAGUAAAUAGUAGCUUAAGUUUUUCACUGCUAGCUGAUGAAACUUUUGAUAUUGCUGGCAUUGAACAACUUUCGAUUGGUGUUCGUUAUGUUGAUAGUUCAAAAACUAUAAGAGAAGAAUUCCUAGGAUUUAGUGAACUACAAACAUUAGAUGCAGUUGGUAUAGCUACUUAUAUUUUGACUUCUGUUGAAAAAUAUGGUUUGGAUAUGAAUAAACUUGUUGGCUUGGGUUUUGACGGGUGUUCAGUAAUGGCUGGAAAAGAAAAUGGAGUUCAAAAAAUAAUUUGUGACAAAUAUCCAAAAGCAAAAUUUUUUCACUGUGCUUCAAUUUGCAGUUCUUAUUUACCGAUACGGAAUAAUAUAUUAGAUUAG